UUUCGUGCGCAAACCAUUUUUAUUUUGUUGGAAAAGACACAUCCCCCUGGUUUACAAAAUUUGAGUUCGAGAAAUUUUUUUAUUAUUCUACAUUACAAGUACCACCCAAAGAAACUAUAUAUAUAAAAAACUGGAUACUAACAGAUGUUUUGCGAAAUUGAGAGCAAUUUCAAAUCUGUUCAGUUUUUUUUUAUACACCCUGUAUAGACGCAAUCGUACCACAAUAUUGGACCUAACAUGACGUACCAAACUCGCGCACGAGAGAAGACCGGAAGUUGACAAUUUCUGUCAAUCUGUGGAAUUCUGUGCUCGAAUUAUUGACAAACACGUACUGUUUGUUUUUGAUUAACUUUACAGUUUGCUUCUGAUCUUUGUGUCAUUUUUGUAUUAAAUCUAUAAAUUUUGUGAGGUUUAUUCAUGGCUACAGAUAAUAACAACGAUGGGCCUCCUCCAAUUGAACCUGUACAAAAGACAAUUUUAAAGAAUGAAACUCCAGCAUUUGUGUCCACGGCCGCCAGUAAUGGUAGGGAAAUUCGUUUUUUCAUACACAAAAGGCUAUCAGCUUAUGUUGUUGAUAUCUUUUGAAUCACGGCAAUAGUUUGGUGUUGCUGUCCAAUUGUACUACAGUUUCAUUGAUAUAGGAAAUAUUACUGAUUAUUAGAAUUGACGUCAUCAUAAUCGUGACUGUCAAACGUAGUUUCUAAACCAUUAUAGGGCCUGUUCAUAUGGGCAAAAGUUAUCCCGGUUAGGGCCUGUUCAUAUGGGCAAAAGUUAUCCCGGUUAACGAGAGAACUUUUCGACUAGCAAAUACUUUUGUUCUGUUCAUAUGGAGAAAUAUUAUCCCACUUACCGGGAAAAGUUUCCGGCUGUGACAUAGCACUGAACAUCAAUUGAAUUGAAAAGUUGCUGACACAACAAAAAGUUAUCCCGCUAAGCGGGAAAGUUGUGUUCAUAUGGGGAAAACAUUAUCCCGGUCACCGAGAUCUCGGCUGUCAACAAGCGAGAUCUCGGUACACGGGAAAACCUUUCGUCUCAUAUGAACGCAAUGUAACUUUUCAUAUUAUUUUCGUAACAAGGCGAGAUCUCGCUCGUAAACUUGUCGAAAAGUUUUCUCGCUAACCGGGAUAACUUCUGCCCAUAUGAACAGGCCCUUAGAUAGAAAAAGUUUCGACUAGCCAAAUACUUUCGUUCUGUUCAUCUGGAGAAACGUUAUCCCGCUUACCGGGUAAAGUUUCCGGCUGUGACAUAACACUGAACAUCAAUUGAAUUGAAAAGUUGCUGGCACAACAGAAAGUUAUCCCGCUAAGUGGGAAAGUUGUGUUCACCGAGACCUCGACUGUCAACAAGUGAGAUCUCAGUAAACAGGAAAACAUUUUGUCUCAAUUAUAAAAACAGUGUAACUUUUCAUAUUAUUUUCAUAACAAGGCAAGAUCUGGCUUGUAAACUUGUUGAAAUGUUUUUUCUCGCUAACCGAGAUAACUUUUGUCCAUAUGAACAGGCCCUUAGUGAAAUUCAGAUUUUACUUCUGCCAUUUACUGCUACCAUUAAGGGUCCAUUAGCUAAUCAGAUGCAUUUAAUAUAUCCGAUUAACCAAUGAGAUGCAUUAAGAGAACUAGGCAAUUUGUUUGUUGAUUGUCAUUGAUGUAUGAGUCAAUUUGACAUUGACCCAAGUUGAGCUCAGUAUAGGUUGGAGUUUGAUGCAGAUUUAAUAUUUCAAUAAUUUCACCCGGCUGACUGUUUGAACCGCAGUUGCAAAUGUAGACCAGCUCAAAAACAAUAAAAUUUGGCUCUUUGGUAUUUUUCUGGCUGACAAUUUAAACAAUGUGCAUGUUGGCUCUGUUUUUAGCCCACACUGCAUGUCAUUUAAUUAAUCCAUUUCUUUUGUAUAUUAAUUAAGUUGAAUGUAUUGCAGGUUGAUUUAAGUUGUACAUAAUGUACAAGACAUGGGGUGAAUAAAUGCCCAUGAUUGUUGUUUAACCCAUUGGGUGGCAGCACUCUCCCCCAGUAAAAUAAUAAAGUAGUGUGCAUUAGUGCUGUGCAAACUCCGGUUUUUCAUCUCCGGCUCCGGCCGAAUUACAGCUCUGAGCUCCGGCUCCGGCCACAUUAUAAAAUAUUAAAUAAAUGUUUUACGAUCCGGCAGAGAACAUUUAUUAAUAUUAUUAUAAAUAACCCUUUUCGCACUUCCUAAUUAUCAGAUAACAUAACUCAGGAAACAAAACAGUGAAAACACGCAGAAAAUAUCUAUAUGGAAACCAGCCUCGAAAAAUCUUUGACACGAGGCAUGACGCUAACACUCUCAGACUCCACAGCGCAAUUGUUCGCACGCAAACAAAGUACUCUGUCAUUUUCAAAAGGUUGAUAUUUAUUUGUUUUGUACCGGAGCUCCGGCAGAACUCCGGCUCCGGCAACUCCGGCGCACAGCACUAGUGUGCAUCUGGGCCGCAUUGCCACUUAAAGGGUUAACAGGGUGCAUGGACAGAUAUGUGAUUAACCCAUUGAGUGGCAAUGCUCUCCCCCUGACCAGUAAAAUAGUCUGGCAUUCGACAAAGUAAAAUAAUAAGUAGGGCGCAUCUGGAUGCAUAUUUGCCAUUUAAAGGGUUAAUUAACCCAUUGAGUGCCAAUGCUCUUGCCUUGAUGUGUAACAUCAUCUGGCAUUAGAUAGAGUAAAAUAAUAAAGUAGGGUGCAAUUGAUGCAAUUUAAUAGUAAUUUAUUUAAUACCAGUACUUAUAAAUAUAAAUGGUACUAGAUUAAAGGGCCAAAUGCUCUAUAAUCAUGUUGCCACCAUAAUGUAUGUUGAAUUAAUGUUAUUAACCCCUUUGACAUUAUCUAGCAAUAAUAUCCUAUAGUUAACCCAUGCACAGCUGCAACAAGUGAAAUAAUUGUACCUGCCAUUUGAAACAUCUAUGCUACGUCAUUGCUUGCAAUAUUUUUAUUUCUGCAGACAUACAGUAUAUGCUUGACCAAGAGACAGAUUAGCACCAGUUCCUUAUAAAAUCUGAAUGCAGAUUGGGUAAAUGCUAUCCUGUGCACUUGGAUGUGAAAAAGGGAUAGGGAUACUAUAGAGGGUUAAGAAUGAAUUAAAUUAAUUUAAUAUUAGACAAAUAGACAAUGCUCAAUGACAAAAUAUUGAAAUGUAACAUGGAUUAACUUUGCAGUUCUGCUGUUCUUGGAGAAAUAUGGUUGGUUUGUGCUAUUUGGCAUUGUCGCUGCUAUUUUUAUUUGGAGUAAAUUGAAACCUUACUGGAGGAAGUGGAAAGAAAAGCGAGAUAAGAGAAUUGAAGAAGAAAACAUAGGUAAAGCGUAA